AGGGUCGUUUCUCUUCCGGUAUCUCUGAUUGGUUGGAGGAGAGUCUGUCUCCAGAAAUUGCUCUAAUCCUCUUAGAUAAAACACAGUGCUCGUCCAAUCCCCUGCCCAAUCCCUCCCCUCUCCUCUCUCUCCCCCUGCCUCUCUCUCUCUCUCUCUCUCCCUCUCUCAUGGGGAAGAGGAGUUUUUAAUCCAAGUGGAUUACGUUGCAAAUUGGGCGACAGUGGAGGCAAGCGGCUGCAAAAUCUGGUGCAAACUGCCAGGUUCUAUCUUUUUAAAUAUAUGCAAAAUGCACAAAUGAACCCACUUGUUAUUCAAGGUGUCAUGAGGAACUAACUGGAUGUACCUGCAAAAGAACUUGGAAGAAGCUGGGGGAGACAAGGAAAACUUCUGUGCCUCACUUUACCCAUCUGAAGAGACCGCCACUCUGCCUCUUUCACCUGUCAUCUUUAACACCUUGGAGGACUUUAAACUCAUUAAGGAUCUUCUAGAAGUUGAGGAGAUGAGUGGGUAAACCAGAGAAGAUGCCAGCAGAAGGUCUGGUUUCAGCGAAUAUGACAGAGAGUAUUCAGGCUCAACAAUCCACUGACACAAACGUCCCAGUUGUCAUUUAGCCAACAUGAGGAAACCAUGUCCUACAGACUCCUCAUGAACUGUCAGAGUUGAUCCGAGUUUAUGAAACUUCCUCCUGAGUUUUAGAGUCUGACCUGUGAGGGGUUUGAGUUGGAAGCAGGAUGGAGAGCAGGACACCGGGUUUCAGAGAGCUCCUGAAGAUUCUUGGAUUCUUCUGCUUGUGGAUUACAGCUCAGGCUCAGAUGAAGAUCCCACCAGAGACGGUGCAGCAGUGGGCGACUGCAUUUUCUGCUCAGCUUCGAGACAUUAGCACCAAAUACUCUGGUUCUCUUCUGCUGCAGAAAAAACUGAAGGACGUGGAGUCAAUCAUUAAGAUCGUAGAGGUGGAUGGAAACGAUUUAGUUAAGGACUAUUCUGAUGAAAUUGAAAGGAUGUUGGGGAGUAAGAUGAAAUCUGUCAAGCGGUUAGCAGAGUCAGCAGAGGAUGCUGAUCUGUACCAUGAAUUCAACGCUUCUUUAGAGUUUGAUUAUUACAACUCCAUGUUAAUCAACACAGUGGACGAGGAUGGAAACAACAUAGAGCUGGGAGGAGAGUUUCCACUUGAGGAAAACGAACACUUUAACAACCUUGCAGUGAACACGCAACAGAGCGACAUUCAAGUCCCCACCAACGUCUACAACAAAGAUCCCAACAUCCUAAAUGCCAUCUAUAACUCAGAGGCUUUGAAUGACGUCUUCAUCAAUAAUUUCCAGAAAGAUCCGACACUCACUUGGCAGUACUUUGGCAGCUCCACUGGCUUUUUCAGAAUCUACCCGGGCAUUAAAUGGACUCCAGACUCUAACGGCGUGGCAGCUUUUGACUGUAGGAACAGAAACUGGUACAUUCAGGCAGCCACAUCUCCAAAGGACAUCAUCAUUAUGGUGGACAUCAGUGGUAGCAUGAAGGGACUGAAGAUGACGAUUGCUAAACACACUAUCAACACCAUCCUGGACACACUGGGAGAGAACGACUUUGUCAACAUCAUCGCCUAUACGGACUAUGUUCGGUAUGUGGAGCCAUGUUUCAAAGGGACGCUGGUCCAGGCUGACUUGGACAACAGAGAGCACUUUAAGGUUCUGGUGGAAGAGCUGCACGUUAAAGGAGAAGCGAAGAUCAAGAAUGCGAUGAAGGAGUCUUUCAAAAUUCUCAAUGAGGCCAGAGCAAAUGGGCAGGGCAGCAUGUGCAACCAGGCCAUCAUGCUGAUCACAGACGGAGCCAUGGAGGACUUUGAGUCUGUCUUUGAGGAGUUCAACUGGCCUGAACGCAGGGUGCGAGUCUUCACUUACCUGAUUGGCAGAGAGAUGACCUUCGCUCAAAACACAAAAUGGAUCGCCUGCAACAACAAAGGUUAUUACACACACAUCUCCACGCUGGCCGACGUGCAGGAGAAUGUUAUGGAGUAUCUGCACGUGCUCAGCCGGCCAAUGGUAAUCAACCACGACCAUGACAUCAUUUGGACGGAGGCCUACAUGGACACUGUGCUCCCCAACACCAAGGAGCUCUUCACCACUAAAGCUCAGAGUCUGCUGCUGAUGACCUCCGUGGCCAUGCCCGUCUUCAGUAAAAAGAAGGAGACACUGUCCCAUGGGAUCCUGCUGGGUGUCGUCGGCUCUGACAUCCCACUGAUGGAGGUGAUGAAGCUGGCACCCAGAUACAUGCUGGGAGCUCACGGUUACGCCUUCCUCAUCACCAACAACGGUUACAUCCUGGCUCACCCUGACCUUCGACCUUUGUACAAAGAUGGAAAGAAACUGAAGCCGAAGCCAAAUUACAACAGUGUGGAUCUGUCUGAGGUGGAGUGGGAAGAUACCGAGGAGAUGCUAAGAACAGCCAUGGUGAAAGGAGAAACGGGCAGCAUCAGUCUGAGCGUCAGAGCUUCAGUGGAUAAAGCGAAACGUCCUCUGUACCUCAUCAACGAUUACUACUACACAAACAUUGACGAGACACCUUUCAGCUUCGGCAUGGUGCUCACCCAGGGUCACGGAAAACUGAUGUUUUUGGGAAAUGUAUCAGUGGAAGAAGGGCUGCAUGACCUCACUUCUCCAGACCUCUCCAUCGCCUCAGAGUGGACUUACUGUGAAACUGACAUUGACCCCGCCCACCGAAAAUACACCCAGCUUCAGGCCGCCAUUCGCUACCUGCUGGGGAAAGAGCCAGACCUUGAGUGUGAUGAAGUGUUGCUGCAGCAGACACUGUUUGAUGCCGUGGUAACGGCUCCGCUGGAGGCGUACUGGAAUGCCCUGAUGCUCAAUGACAGGGUGGAGCCAGGGCUUGAGACAGCGUUCCUCGGGACUCGUUCUGGUCUAAUGAGGAUCAUGCGAUAUGCAGGAGUGGAGAACAGAGUGGCAAAGAAGUUUCUGACGCCAUCUGAUAAGGACAACCUGUUCACCAUCGAUCACUUCCCUCUGUGGUACCGCCUCGCUGUGGAAAACAUUCCUGGAAGGUUCUUCUAUUAUCCUGUCAAUGAUAAAGGAGUGAAAUACGUCAUAGCAACAACAGCAGUGAUGGUGUCAUCUGAAGGAAAGACGGCCGUGGCUGGAGCUAUCGGGGUGCAGAUGUCCUUGGAUUUGCUGGAAAAGAGGUUCUGGGCCGUCGCCAAGCAGCCCAGUGACACUGAUUGCUCAAAUAUUGAAGGUGUGUGUCCUCUCAGCUGUGAGAGUCCAGAUCUGAACUGUUUCCUGGUCGACAACAAUGGCUUCAUUGUGCUGUCCAAAGAGAGGAACGAGGUCGGUCGUUUCUUUGGUGAAGUGGACGGGUCCGUCAUGGCGUCACUGAUCAAGAUGGGGAUGUACAGGAAGGUGUCAUUGUAUGAUUACCAGGCGAUGUGUAAGAACAGUCACCAUCACGCCAGCAGUGCCCGGCCUCUGCUCAGUCCGUUUUAUGGCAUCGUGGCUUUAAUGCGAUGGUUUUUCUCCAACGCGCUGAUGUUUUUACUGGACUUCAACCUCUGCGGCCUCUGGCACUCGGAUUAUUUUGUGGACGCCAAGGCUGGCUAUCACACCAGUCAUAAACAGAAGAAGGUGGAGGCGUACCUGCCCUGCGAUACGGCGUAUCCCGGCUUCAUGUACGACUCGUCUGUGAGGGAAGCAAACAGCCUCAUCAAGUGUGGACGCUGUCAAAAGAUGUUUGUGGUGCAGCAGGUUCCUGACACCAACAUGGUUCUGGUUGUGACCCAGGCAGACUGUGACUGCUCCCGUCAGUACGGACCCAUCAUGCUGGAACCCAAAGAGAUUAAAUAUAACGCCACUGUGAAAUGCAACAGGAUGAAAUCACAGAAGGUGCGACGGCGUCCGGAGUCCUGCCACGCCUACCAUCCAAAGGAAAAUGCUAAGGACUGUGGAGGAGCGUCGUCCAUUUCUCCGUCUUUCACACUCUUUUCUGCCUCGCUGUUCGUCGUCCUGGUUCUCCACCGUUGGACUUAAACCAGGAACGUCCAAAGAACCCGGAUCUUCUGAGUGACCCAGGAGCAGAGACUGAAAGGAUGUUUUUGGAUUGUUUAUGUUAUUCCUUUGGAGAGACAACAGGACUACUCUGACUGUCUCUCCUGCUCCAGAAUUCAAGGGCUAUUUGACUUCUUCAGGAAACUGAACGUGGGGGGGGUGUCUCCACUGAUGGAGGAACUGAAGGACACAUGGCGCCCCCUGCAGGACAGGUGAUACCAGUGCAGCUUGGGGAGAAACGUUGCCAUUACACUUUAACAAGAAUGUAGCAUCUUUGUAGCUUUUUGAUACAGAAACAUUGUAUAAAAGUAGAGUUUUACAUUCACACGAUCGACUAAAACUAUUAACAACAUAGGACGGUGACGUUUAAGGGACGUUAUCGAACAGGAGAGUGGGUUUUCUGAUGUUCAGACCACAGAUAGUCCAACAUGAAAUCACAGCGACAUUAGGAUUAUUUUCAUUGACGAUAAAAAUGUUAAUAGCUUUUUUUUUAUUAUUAUUAUUAUUUAUAAUAAAGUUAAUUUGAUUUUUGCAGCUCUUAACAUGUCAAAGUAUUAUUCUGAUUAUAUUUUACAUGGAUCAGUUCAGUACAUAACAGGUGCACGUCACAGUAUUUAUUUGUGCAGGGUUUUAGCAUCUGAUAAGUUAAAAAAAAAAAAAACUCAAUCUGCUUUUUAUUUAAUUUGAAUUUUUGGAAAUUAUGACAACACUGGAAUAUCUGUCAGAAUGUUGCAGAAGAAUGAGAUGGAAAAAUUACGCACAUGAAGCACUGAAACAUGUCGGGCUUUGACUAGACAGGAAUAUUUAUGUCAGUUCGAGCCAAAAAAAACGAUCAGUAUUUGACGGCAGCAGCGAUAGUAGUCGAUACAACUGAAACAAAAGUGCCAUGAGUCUGAAUCUGAACACCAAGAAAGUCUGAUGGUGAUUUAUUAUGUGUGAAAACUGUCCUGAAUACAGAGCAAAAUCAUCGAUAAAUAAAUAAAAAUGUUCACUCCUA